CGCGACGAUUCCAAAGCCUACGCGCUUAUUAAUCAUGACGUGCUCGGCCUGUGAAAGCUCCGCUCCGCAUUCUCUCGCACAAUUUGACCCCAACAUUACACCACCACUUGCUUUUACUAAACAUCUGGGGAAGAAUAUCUAAUCAAAAAGAGCGCUUAUAUUGUUAAUUCCAUCUGCCUUUAUGCCCACUCUACCUGUUUUCUCAACAAUCUUGUCCCGUUUUCACAAUAUCAUUACGUGACUUUCAUCAUGGCAUCCAAGUUGAUUGCCAUCGUUGCGGGUGUCGGCCCUGGUACAGGAGCAUCUGUCGCAAGAAAAUUCGCUGCCACGUAUCCAGUCGUUCUCCUUGCCCGGAAUCCAGACAAUUUCAAUGACCUCGCAAAAGAGAUCAACUCGAGCGGUGGAAAGGCGAUCGGUAUUAGCACUGAUAUCUCGGAUUCGGGAAGCGUGAAGAGCGCAGUUGAGGCCAUUAAGAAAGAGUUCGGGUCGGAUGUUGGCGCCGCGGCGGCUAUCUUCAACGCCAGCGGCGGCUUUCUGCGAAAACCCUUCCUCGAAGUGCCUGAAGAGGUAUUCUCCAAGUCGCUGGAUGUGAGCGCCAAAGGUGGCUUCCUCUUUUCCCAAGCAACGCUUCCUCUGCUCCUCAAGGGCGUAGAGCAGAAGUCAAAGUAUCCGCCAUCUCUGAUCUUUACUGGGGCAACCGCGUCCGUAAAGAGCAAUGCGAUGAUGGCGUCGUUUGCGACGGGCAAGUGGGCAUUGCGCGCUUUGAGCCAGUCGCUGGCGAGAGAGUUCGGACCACAGGGUAUUCAUGUCAGCCAUGCGAUUAUUGAUGGUGUGAUUGAUAUCCCAAGGACAAAGGAGUGGCUGAAGGAUAUGGGACCUGAGGCGAAAUUGAGUGCUGAUGGGAUUGCGAACGACUACUGGUGGCUACAUACUCAGCCGCGGACAAAUUUUACGUGGGAGAUCGAUCUCAGGCCAGCUGUGGAGAAAUGGUAAAGGCUCACUUCCGCUCAAGGUCCACUGCUAAAAGGGGAGGGACGGAACUGCUCAGCAGGUCGAGCCGAGAUCAAUGAGAGCCGCGCGCAUAUAACGUGCGUACAUAGGGGGAUCAACCGUGAGUGGUGCCCCGAAAUGAUAUUGCUACUUCAGCGAAGUAAACAAAUG